ACGGGUUCCUGGUGUCCUAUCUUGCAGUGUGUCAGUGCCAAGGUAAUAGAGAACACUUGGAUGCACGGUUUUUUAGGGUCAUUUACCUGUGCAUUAAACAGGACUUUUAGAUUAUCAUUUUUUUAGAUGGGGGACAGGUUAAACUCGUCAAAGCUUUUUUUUUUUUUCCCCCCCAGUUGUGACAGUGUAGAUUUGGUUCUAGUCAAGCAGUUUCUUGCACUGCAGAUUCCAAAUUAUGAGACCGUCACCAAGCUUGUGACAGGUACCGCGAAUUAUAAUAGACAGCCAUGCAUGGUAUUUAAGCAGAUAUAAUAAAUAGAAACGUGAAGUGGGUACAGCGGUGUUUAAGAAUAAGGAAAUGCCACAAGUCAAUAGGCAGAAAUAGAACCGGGUGAGGGAAAAAAAAAAAACUUUUUUUGCCUGGGCAGGAAAAUUAGUACGACAUUUGUAAAACUUGUGCCUGGCUAUAUAAGAAACUCAGACUAGAACGCGAUCGAGAUAUUGGGAUCAGACUCCAGUUGCUGCGGGAUACAACAUCCUUCUCAGCUGGUUGAUUGACUCGCAGACAGAAUCUCUGACUCUCUUCCCUGCUUGACCGGGAGGCUGUGGAAGGAAACAAGCGACCAUCCGAGGUGACAGGCUGCAGCUACCAGAUAUAUCAACUCAGAGGAGGGUCGGGAGAACUCGAGCAAUGGAUCAGCUGAAGGUGAAGGACCGAAUCCUGGAGAACAUAUCUCUGUCUGUUAAGAAGCUGCAGAGUUACUUUGCUGCCUGUGAGGAUGAGACCCCAGCCAUCCGGAACCAUGACCGAGUGCUACAACGACUGUGUGAGCACCUGGACCACGCGCUGCUCUAUGGGUUGCAGGAUAUCUCUUCCGGGUACUGGGUGCUCGUCCUCCAUUUCACCCGGAGAGAAGCCAUCAAGCAGAUUGAGGAACUACAGCACAUUGCCACCAACAUGGGCCGCAGCCGGGCUUGGCUCUAUCUGGCUCUGAGUGAGAGCUCCCUGGAGAGUUACCUGCGGCUCUUUCACGAGAACCGGACUCUGCUACACAAGUACUACUUCAAGAACGCGCUGGUCUGCAGCGAUGACCACCUGACCCUCUUCCUCACACUGGUAUCUGGACUGGAGUUCAUCCGCUUCAACCUGGACCUGGACGUCCCAUACCUGGAUCUGGCCCCCUACAUGCCCGAUUACUACAAGCCCCAAAACCUGCUGGAUUUCGAGGAGCGCCUCCCAAGCUCAGACAGCCUGUCCCUCAACUCCUUCAACUCCAUUACCUCCACCAACCUGGAGUGGGAUGACAGCGCCAUCGCCCCCUCCAGCGAGGAUUAUGAUUUCGGAGACAUGUUCCCUGCGCCGCAGUCAAUGCCCAGUAUAAACUGGGAAGAAGACUUCACAGACUCUGUCAGCUGCCCUCGUUCUGCAGCCUGUGAGCUUCCCCUCUUGGAGGUGGCUGUGAGGAGCCCCACGCUGCGCUACAACCCCUUCAACGAGGAGUCAGACACAGCCACUUCCGCGGAAGUGACCCCUGUGCACCACGCCUCCCAGGACAGGAGUGACACAGCUGGGGACGACACAGAGAGCACUGGCACAGAGCUGGAGGUCAUCAGGCUAGCCAGGAGAAGGAAGCCUUGUAAGAAGAAGCGAGGGAAGGUGGAGAUGGUGAGCAAUCAUAUGAGCAGCUCUGGCCUGGAGAGCAGGGGGCAGGAGGAGCUAUCGAAGCGGGAAUCGGGGGACAUGGUGGAGCCCCUGGCGGAGAGGGGGGGCCCAGAGGACUCCCUGGCCCUGCCAGCGGAGGAGGAAGUAGGAGACGAGGGGCUGCGUCUGCCAGAGAUGACCGACACCUCGAUGGACAGCGUGGGUCAGCCACUGCGUGAGGUGAUGGACCAGCUCAAUGGAGCUCUGGACACUGACUGCUGGAGGACAGAGGAGCCUGACGGCCAGCAGCCCUUUCGGGAGAGCUCAGGGGGAGAGCCUCCGGACCCCCCUCUACUCCCCCUGGACCAGGACCUCCUCCAGACCCCCCCUCCCAACGACUUCUACCGCUUUACCCCCGAAAGUCCAGGCCCUGCUUCCUCAGGUGGUGGCCACUAUGACCCUGCAGGGAAUGGCCAGCCGCCGCAUGUUCAUGGUGGCCAUGAAGGUGAGGGAGCGGGAGAAGUGCAGGCAGGAGAGGCAGCCAGACCCCUAGAAGAACGGCGAGUGGAUGAAGGUAAAGAGGCGGUUCAUAAUGGAGGUCACCUGGACACCGUCAACAACAUUCCAGACUCCCCAACGCCCGUCUCUGGCCAGGAACCCCGAGGACAUUGUGUGAUUGAGGAAGAUGAGCCCAGUAGCCCAUCAGAGGUCAUGCAUCCAGCUGAGUUUAGGGUGGAUAACAAUCACCUCCUGCUGCUAAUGAUCCAUGUUUUUCGGGAAAAUGAAGAGCAGCUUUUCAAGAUGAUCAGGAUGAGUACAGGACACAUGGAAGGGAACACUCAGCUGCUCUACCUGCUGCUUACUGACUGUUAUAUCUACCUGCUAAGAAAAGGCAUCUGGGGCGGAUUUAGUGUGACCUACGGCUCUCAACUGGCAGUAAUGCUAGGAGCUGCAGAGAAACCCUACACUGUGGAGGAGGCUGUUUCCUACAACGAGCUUGAUUACAUUUCAGUAGGUAUGGACCAGCAGACAGUCACCCUGGUCUGUACCAACCGACGGAGGCAAUUUCUGCUCGACACAGCUGACAAGUCCCUGACGGAGUGGUUCCUGGCUUCUCUCAAGUCAGCUAUGAUUAAGGGGUGCCGGGAGCCCCCCUACCCCUCCAUUCUCACUGACGCCACCAUGGAAAAACUGGCACUCACCAAGUUCGUGGCACAGGAGUCUCGGUGUGAGGCGACUGAGGUUUCUAUCCAGCUGUAUGCUCUUGUGCACUGGGAGGACCCCAUGGAUGUGGCUGUGGGACACCAGGAUGGCCUCUACAUGCCUGGCGAGAGUACCCACACCAAGGAGGGGGUGCUGCACUACAAAGCCGGGACCUCCUACCUGGGAAAGGAGUACUGGAAGAGCUGCUACCUGGUACUGAGCAAUGGGAUUCUGUACCAGUACCCAGAGCGGACUGAUGUGACUCCUCUGCUCUCUCUAAGCAUGGGGGGAGAGCAGUGUGGGGGCUGCCGGCGGUCCAACACCACUGACCGGCCACACUCCUUCCAGGUGAUCCUGAGUGAGCGGCCUGCCUUGGAGCUCAGCGCGGCCAACGAGGAGGACAUGGCUGACUGGAUGCAGUACCUGUGCCAGGCAGUGUCCAAGGGGGUUAUCCCUCAGGGUGCAGCGCCCAUCCCUUGUAUCCCAUGCUGCCUUGUGCUGACAGACCGGAAGUUGUUCACCUGCCAUGAAGAUUGCCAGACCAGUUUCUUCCGCUCUCUGGGUGGCAGUGAGCUGACCGACGUGACAGCUGUUUGUACCGAAACAGACAAAGAGUACUGUAUAAUUGAGUUUGCAGAGGACCGGAAGCAGUACCUGCCCCCCUGGGUUUUGUAUUUUAGCUGCCUUGCUGAGCUUCAUAGAUUCCUCGCCAGUUUUGAAGCUGCCUGGCAGGACAUCUUUCAGGUGGCACUGACACGGCGGCAGGUAGUGGAACCGUCGGUUCAGAAGAAGUGCCGGGACGCGCUGUGUCUCAUUAGAAGUGCGUGGCAGCGCAGUGACAGCCUGCAGCGAGGCCGGUCAGAGAGAGACCCCUGGUGCUGAGAAAGGGGGUAACCAGAGGACUUGCCCUUAACCAGGGGCAGGGUCAGGGGCAGGGUCAGGGGCAGGGUCAGGGGCAGGGGGGGCUGGAGCUCUCGUUUGGCCUUGAAGGGAGGGAAGGGGUGUGGUUGAUAUCCAAACACGCCUGCCCUGAAACCUAGCCAUGUGGCUUCAGAACUUCUCUAGUGCCUCCCACCCCCGCCAACCUGCGAACUAGCAGAUCUAGAUCAACCUGCAGACUAGAAAUCCAGUAAAAUAGAACCUUUUUCAUCUGAGGUGAUCAUAUACUUCACAGAAUAGGACACUAUGCCCAUAGAUUCAUAGAUUCUGGUAAGGGAGUGGGAAGGCUGUGCUUUGAGGUUGUGGGACUGUGACUGUAGCUGGGGGUCAUGGACCUGCAUACAAAAACAAGUAUUCCAAUAGGAUCACAGCACACUUGCCCCAUAGAACAGAAAAAGGCUAAACUGGAGCUGGACACUACCAUCGGUGAGGCUGAGGAUCAUCUGAAACAGGAGGACCACAGUGAUUGCUGCAUCACUAUGCAGCAGCAUUUUGCACAGGAAGCUGCUCAAGCAUAGCUAGCAGGACUUUGCUUCUAGUAUAUAAAUAGGACAGGAAGGUACAAGUGAGAGAUAUGACUCACAAAUGAUAAAGUCCCAAAUUAGUCACUAUUUUCUUUUUAAUUGAUUCUAUUUAAACUAGAACUAUUUCAUGCUGUUGGGACCCUAUUUGAAAAAAGGAAUGCCUGUUAUUAAAAUGGAAACUCAGAUAAGAAGUGACCAGUUUAAACUGAUAUUAGUUUUCAUUACACACACAGCAGGGCAGCAAUAGGAGAUUUGAAUGUGUUAUGGUACUGUCGCCGAUUGGUCCCUGCCAGAUGGCCAGUUUGAUUGUGAAGUCACACAUCUGUUGUGGCAUUGUGAUGUUUGUUUAGCGAUUGAUGCGUUGGCAAGGCACAAACCGGUGGUAAUAAUAUGGGAUACAUGGCAAUACAGUGAGAAAUGCGUUACAAAAUAUAAGUGACGGAAGCUAUACACGCUUUCCUAUUCACUGUGAGGGGUUGUGUAUUCCUGGUGUUCUCUUGCAAACACUACAGCAGUAGUGGGGAUUCACAUGGAACAGGAUAGGAGCUGGGAUGGAGUAAUGAUCAUGUCGGAGGAGCUUUUACACUACCGCAUUGUCCUUUGUUUUCUAGGGAAACUAUAUUUUGCAAAACACUUCAAGAUGCAGUCACCCACAAUUAUGUUCAGUUUUGUAGUUUUAACUAGUUUAUCCUUCUGUGCAUCAGAAAAUACAUAGUCCAGUUAUUGUACAUUCUUCUGAAACCUGCUUCAGCAGCAGCUUCAACAUGUAUCUAUAUAACACUCACAACCAGUUCCUUAAAAAAGUUUACAUUUCAAUUGUUGCCACAAACUGCACAGGACCUUUUUAUUUUUUGUGGGCUUUUAAAUUUUUUUUUUAAUAAACUACAAAAAAAAAAAAAAAAAAAAAAGAGUACCUCAUCUUGAAGGAUGGUUGUUUGCACUGUGUGUUAAUCCCACCUGUCUGACUUUAUGUUUAAUUUAUUUUUUUAUGUUAAUUUUGAUUUUUUUUGUACAACCAGUUCCACUUCACACUUAGUUUUUUUGGUAAAAAAAAAAAAAAAAAAAAAAAAAAAAUUAAAAAAAAAAAAAUAAUAAAGUUUGUUCUGGAAACUUAUUUUCAGCGGGAGUAAAUGUUGUCUACACUUAUAGAAUUAGGACCUUCAAGUUAAGGUAUCCAACUAAGGGGUUAGUUGUACUAGUACUAGAUGCAAACUGGUAUAAGACUCCCAUUGCACAGCAGUUUAAACCAUUCCUGGUUUUACUGGAAGUUUAACGAGACACCUGAGCUCGUUACCUAUACACUGUGGUUGAUCAAGCUUGUAGUAAAACCUGGAAUGGGUAAAACUGCUAUACAAUAGGAGUCUUAAUUCCACUCCUGCAUUAUUAUUUUGACAACUUAUUAUCGUACCAUGUGGGCCAAAAUAGACAAUAAUAAUAUUAUCUUAACCCUGACUUUUUUUGUCAGGUCAAGGAUAUGUACCUGUCUGUUUACGCCCUAUUCAUAAUAUACUUACAUAUCCAACAUAUUAACCAUAAACAGCAUUUCACUUUCAUUUUGGACCGUGCAAUCAAACAUUGCAGCCUGGGUUUAAAGUCAUGUAACACACUGAUAGAAUAGCUAUAUAGCGGCUGUGUGCCUGUCAGUUAUGCUAUGAGGAAGGUACUGUACCGCUCGUGUCUUCUCAGGUACAGGGUGCAUCAUGUGUACUUAUUCUAUCAGAUGAUGAUAAUUAAUAACACUUCGCACAUGUGUGUUUUUCUUACAGAUUAUUCAACCCAUUUUCUAACUAAAGUGUACAGCAACUCAUGAGUGUAUAAUACUAUCAUCUCAGUAACACUUUCAUUUCUGCAUGGUUGAAAGUUAUUGUUUUGUAUUAUUAUAUACUACUGUAUAUUGUUGAAUGUAUAUAUUAAGAGCUGUUGUAAAUAAAAUAGAAUGUUUCUCCUGG